GUAAACACAGCGGCAGUUGCAGCCGCAGCACCAUCGUCAGAGAGACGCUCACAGCACAGUGACGUUUGGGAGAAAACAACGCCAAAACACGAACAGCUUUCGGCUGCUUUUUGCACGUCGCUCGCCGCUUAAUUGAAGCAUUUCUCUCCGACUUCAGCUACAGUGAUAGCUAAGUUUGGGGAGGAGGAAAAGGAGAGCGAGAGACGUCGCCUGCAUUUUUUUUGUCGCCCCUUCUUGGUGGUCUUAUUGUUGCCGAGCUCAGUAACGCCGGAAAAAAAAAGGUUUCUGAGCUUUCCUUCUCAACCGAUUUUUAAACAUGGAAAAUUCCCGAGCCAAUAGGACAUGCUGUGAAUCCAUUCAAGAUUUCUUCACUUCAUCAAAAUUCCUAAUCUAUUUGGGACAUGCACUGUCCACUUGGGGUGACCGAAUGUGGAACUUCGCCGUGGCCGUGUUCCUGGUGGAGCUGUACGGCAACAGCUUGCUGCUCACGGCCGUGUACGGGCUGGUGGUGGCCGGCUCCGUGCUGCUGCUCGGUGCCAUCAUUGGCGACUGGGUGGACAGGAAUCCCCGACUCAAAGUGGCCCAGACGUCUUUGAUCGUGCAGAACAGUUGCGUCAUGACGUGCGGGAUUAUCCUCAUGGUGGUAUUCCAAUUCAAAGAGCAGCUCAUGGAGGUCUACAACGGAUGGCUGCUGACCACCUGCUACAUUCUGGUGAUCAGCAUUGCCAACGUGGCCAACCUGGCCAGCACGGCGAUGUCCAUCACCAUCCAGAGGGACUGGGUGGUGGUGGUGGCAGGCCAGGACAGCAGCAAGUUGGCAGAUAUGAACGCGACGGUGCGGAUUAUCGAUCAGCUGACCAACAUCCUGGCCCCCAUGGUCGUGGGCCAGAUCAUGGCCUUCGGCUCGCACUUCAUCGGCUGCGGCUUCAUCUCGGGCUGGAACCUGUUGUCCAUGUUACUGGAGUACAUGCUGCUGUGGAAGGUCUACCAGAAGACGCCGGCUCUGGCGGUCAAAGCCGGGCAGAAGGAGCAGCACGAGCAGGAGCUCAAACAACUCAGCCUUGUGAAAGAAUCCGAGACAGGCCAAAGUCCAGAGGAGUCCUCUCAACCCCUCAUGAACGCAAUCGUACCGGCGGUCAAGACCGAGCCCCCCAAAGAGCGAGGGUGCUGCUACCAGGUGACCGAACCCCUGCGCACCUUCAAGGCCGGCUGGAAGGCGUACUACAACCAGAGCAUCUUCUUCGCCGGCAUGUCCCUGGCCUUCCUCUACAUGACCGUGCUGGGAUUCGACUGCAUCACGACCGGCUACGCCUACACGCAGGGCCUCAACGGCUCCAUCCUCAGCCUCCUGAUGGGCGCCUCGGCCGUGUCGGGCAUCUGCGGAACGGUCGCCUUCACGUGGGUCCGAAAGAAGUGCGGCCUGAUCCGGACCGGCUUCAUCUCGGGCGUGGCGCAGCUCUCUUGCCUCAUGCUGUGCGUCUUCUCCGUCUUCGCUCCCGGGAGCCCCUUGGAUCUCAGCGUUUCACCCUUCCAGGACCUCUACGCCCACCUGGUUGGGGAGAAGGCGCUACCUGAGGCCGAGCACCUCAUGAGCGUCCUUUCCGGUGGGAACGUGACCGCCACCAGCGCGCCGGCUGAAGAUCUCCCCGGCCCACAGUCCUACAUGUCUGUUAGCUUGCUGUUUGCUGGCGUCAUUGCUGCGAGAGUCGGCUUGUGGUCCUUUGACCUGACGGUGACUCAGCUGAUCCAGGAGAACGUGAUCGAGUCGGAGCGAGGCGUGAUCAACGGCGUCCAGAACUCCAUGAAUUACCUCUUGGACCUGCUGCACUUCAUCAUGGUGAUCCUGGCGCCCAAUCCGGAGGCCUUCGGCUUGCUGGUCAUUAUCUCGGUGUCGUUCGUGGCGGCGGGCCACGUCAUGUACUUUUACUUCGCCUUCAAGAGUCUCGGCCAUCGUCUGUUCCUCUGCUGCUCGCCCGAGCAAAAGGUCGAGGCGGAGGGCAGCCCCUCGCCUCCCAAUGUGGUCUAAACUGCCUUUCGCACAGGCCAUCCCUGGCAUGUCCAUCUAGCUUGGUAUCCAUACACAGCAAGCGUCUCUUACAGCCUACUUCAGCGUUACUAACGUCUUCACAUGUAGCCAGUCGAGUGCGAAACCUUGCGAUGGAAGCAUUUUGCAAUGUGUACCAAUCCAAAGUUGAAGUUCAGGCAAAGCAGAGGUUUCUCUUAUCCCUCCUGUUAUGGUCGUGUCUUGGAUAAACCCAAAAUGGGUCAAUGGGACUCGCUGCAUAUUUGAGAGAGAGAAAAAAAAAAAAAAAAGAUGGGGGCGUGGUUUGCAUGGGUCAACGCGACCUUCAAAAUAGCACGAGGGUCGAGUUAGUGGAAGAAAAAAAAAAGGCAUUUAAUGGACUAGAAACAGUGGGAAAAUACUUCUAAUGGAUAUGGGAAAUUCUAAUUAAAUUUGGCUUCGGACUUUUAAAAAAUACUUAAAUACUAUAUUUUUUUUUUUUAAUGAUUAGACAAAGUAGGUUGCAUUGGCCCAAGAACAAAACCUAACAGGAGGGUUAACGCGUUCAACAUUGCAGUGAUGUCAUUGGUGCUUCAAGUGUCUUCAUUGUCGUCCUGUGUUAGCUGACACAGGUUGGGAUAUGUAUAUAUAUUUUUAUUACUUUAACCAAACAACAGCAACACCUGGAUCUCAAGUCUUUUUUUUAACGUGAUUAAAGCGUUACGCAAAGGACGGUAUUUAUUCAGGAAAAUGUGUCAGCAAUAUUAUACUUGGGCGGGGAGAAAUAAAAACCUAUCCAGCUGCAUCAAUAGCUCUCAGUUACCAAAGUCCAGGUUCAUACGUGUGGUGUGAAAGGAAGAAGAGAGGGAAGCAUUCCGAAUAGCCACUUUUGCACCAGGUGACAAGAAAACAAAAAUAGUGGAUAUAUUUACGAAGGCUACUGGAAUUGUCAUUUCUGUUUACUUGUUGUUCUUUGAAUCCACCUCCAUUUGUGAUAUGUUGCAGUUCUUCUCGGUGGACUCUUCUUUUCUCACUGGCCCAUCCGUGAUUGUUGUUAUGCCAGCACUUUACAUGACUGACCUCAGUCAUUACACCUAUUGUCUGAUCGGACAUUUGUUUUUUUUUUUUUUUUUUUUUUUGCACAAGUCCAUGGGUUUACGGUGUGGCUGGAAAAAAGUGCAGAACUAUGUUCGGUAACGGUCCCUGUGAGGUAGGAGGUCUGAAUGUAGGCCAUGUUUGGCUUGGCUCUCCCCAAAUGUGGCUUGAAGGAUGCAAGAGCUGCAGUUUUUAGAACGGGCGGGUACCUCAAAACAUGUCUGCGCUGUUUUACGGAUAGUCAUUUGACAGCUUGAUUGGGGAAAUGGCAACAGCAUCUCAGCAAGGCAAAAAACCACUUUGUGACUGAGUCCACCGUAUGUCCUCGACGGCUACUUAACACCAGGUGGUUGGCCACCCAUGGUUUCUUUGUGGGAGGGAGACACACCAGAUGCAGUAGAAUGCAUGGCCAAUUUUUUUGUAGGGAGUGUCCAAGUUGUGCAACCAAAGGCAAACUUGCCUUAAGGAUGCAGCUGUUUUUCCAGUUCCUUACCAGACUUUGAUUUCUAAGCUCUUUACGAUCAUUACGAAAGGCCAUCAAUAUCUUUUCUGUGUCGAUAACGCUUAACGUCAGCCGGAAUCCAUCUUUCCAGUAGAGAAAAAAAUGGUUUCAAAAGUGCCAUUGCGGUUUUGAAUGUU